GGCCGCCUGCCGUUGGCCGCAUCCACCGGUGACCAAGACCCAUACCCCCUCCCCAGUGUCGGAGCCUCCGCCCCGCAUCGACUUGUCCCCCCAUUCCUCAGCUCCCACUCGCCACCGGACCAAGCGCGAGCGGAUGGCGUCGGCGUCCAAGGAGGAGGUGAUCGGGAAGCUCAACGUCCGCGUGCUGCGGGGCAACAACCUGAUCAUCGCCGAUCCGCUCACCCACACCAGCGACCCCUACGUCGUUCUCCAGUACGGCGCCCAGAAGGUGAAGACUAGUGUCCAGAAGAAGAAUCCUAAUCCAGUCUGGAAUGAAGUACUGCAGCUCUCAGUCACAAAUCCUACAAAGCCAGUGCACCUUGAAGUUUUUGAUGAGGAUAAAUUCACAGCAGAUGACAGCAUGGGUGUGGCUGAGAUCAACAUAACUGACAUAUACGAUGCUGCAAAGUUGGAUCUGAGCCAUGCCACUAAUGGAACCAGGAUCAAGACAAUCUAUCCAGUCGGUGUAAACUACCUUGGCGGUGAGAGCCAUGUUCAGUGGAAGGAUGGCAAGGUUGUCCAGGACUUGAUUCUGAAGCUGAAGAAGGUCGAGAGUGGCCUGAUCGUGGUUCAGCUUGAGUGGGUUCAUGUUCCUGGUGUCAAGCUGUGAGCCACGUCCAAAUGAGGGCUGCGAUCCCUGCUUUGAUGGAGCUGCAGUUGUACCUGGUCCCUGGUUUGAGUGUGUCAUUGCGGUGUAUGAGUGAUGUGUGUUAGUUUGAGUGUGAUGUUUUAUUUGAGGUACUUCCUGGUGACAUGAUGUGUGGGUGUGAAGUCUGUGGUUCACGAAUAAGAAACGCCCUGUCUAUGUCAAGUGGAGUGAGAUGUAAAUUAAGAACUUAGCACUGAAUAGAAGCGAUUUGGGCGUUAAUUGCUUUC